GCCAGCUCAAUCCACCAACCCUGCAAACUCAUGACAACAGGACCUUGUCACCAUCCACUAUCGUAUAAUACAAGAUAAUACCAGGCAUUGACCUUUCCAAUCGCUACUUAUUUCCUACAAAAUACGCCAUUACUGAACCAUUGGUAUACUACAUCCUAUCAGAAACCCCAAACAGAGACAGUCUUCGCUUAUGAUCUCCAGGCGGCUCUUCUUCCGUCACCGCUCCAGGCCUACCCCCCGCGCCAAGAUGCCCUCCUGGAUCAAACUGGUGUGCUUCUUCUCCACGUCAUCCUUCACGCGCUUCCAGUUCACCGCCGAGAUCAAGCAGGAGAUCCGCAACGGCACAUACCAGCCGGACACGCCGGUGACCCGCGCCAAGGUCCAGGCACCUCCUGCCACUCUCCGCUGGUUCUACGCCACCGAUGUUCCGCUAUCAAAGCCAGACCGGUUCAAGUACGAACCGGUGGGAAAAUCAAAAAAAUUUGUGCCCUUCACUCUGCGCGACUCCCAGCGCUUGGAAGAGGCGUACCAGAACCAGUGCCGUAACCAUGGCGAAAGCUUCUGCCAUCAAAUAGAUGGGCUCCCACCACAUAUCAUCCCUGUGAACGAGGACCAUCUCUUCCAGGUGGACUUGCUCAAAAAGACAUUGUCGCCUGUCUACUGGGACGGUGCUGUGUACGAGGUCCGCCGCGGUUUGUGGUUCAACUCCGAUGGGAUGCCGCUCGACGAAACCACGACCGACGGUUUAGAACAAGGCUACGCCGAAUUAAAGCCGUAUUUGUUCAGGCGCAGCAUCGAGAAGCGCGAGAAGGAAGCGAGAGAAAAGGAAAGGAAGAAGAAGGGUAAGAAAGAGGAAGCCGACAAGCCCGUUGUAAAGAAAGCCAGGAACGAGGCAUCGUACGAUGGUUUAGGGACACGGCCGGACGGUAACAACUUUCUGGAAGUCUUGGAGCACUCCAAAGAGGAAAAGGACUUGUUUUGUUUGAACAACCCCCAAGAACAGGUGGUAAUCUACCUAGAUGACACGAACGCGGUGCUUCUCCCAGACUCGUUCCAGGGCUCCUUCCAGUUGAAGCUUCUCCGCGAGAUUUCGGCGCCCGCAAUGAUCGGGGUGGAGCGUGUGACGAGAGGGCUUUCCAAGCAGUCUGAGGAGAAGAUGGAGGCGAAUAAGCGAGAAAAGGAAGCGGCGACGGAAAAUGACCUCCUCAGCUCGUUUUCCCAGGACAUCCCUAACAUCGGCAGCUUCUUUGGACGUGAUAUUUCAGAGAUCUUUGGCAAAACAGCCCCAGAGACCAAGUCUCCGCAGGAAUCCGAGGAACAGGAAAACUCAGACCUCAAAGAACAGAUGGAGAAGGACUUCAGCUCGAUCAGAAACAACGGCCAACGGGAAAUCAGCCACUUGGUGUUCUGUGUCCACGGGAUUGGGCAGGUGUUGGGCACCAAGUACGAGCUGGUGGACUUUACUCACUCGGUCAAUAUGAUGCGAAAGACAAUUAAGAGCGUGUACGAGCAGGAGCCGCGGUUUCAACUGCUCGGGAAGGAUUCCGGAAAGAAGCGCAAGUUAGAGGAUCCAGGUGACAAAAACUGCAGGGUCCAGGUUCUCCCCAUCCAGUGGCGCCACAAGGUGGACUUUUCCACAAAGCUGGCCUCUGCCGAGGUGGAUUCUGAAGGCGAGCCACGGCUUCCGUCUCUCACGGGGAUUACGGUGGAUGGUGUGCAGUCGCUCAGAAAUGUGCUCGGAGAUGUGAUGCUCGACAUUCUCCUCUACUACGAACCAUACUACAUGCAGCAGAUCAUCACCGAGGUGGUGUCAGAGAUGAAUGCGGUUUACGACCAGUAUUUGUCCAGAAACCCUUCCUUCAACGGUAAGGUCAGCAUUAUGGGUCACUCUCUUGGCUCUGCCAUCUGCUUUGACAUCUUGGCACAGCAACCAGACGGAAAGAUGACCGACCCUGCUUCCCAGUUGAAGUUUGACGUGGAAAACUUCUUUGCCGUUGGUUCGCCUGUGGGGGUGUUCAAGUUGCUCAAGCGGUGUAAUAUCAGCUCCAGAGCCUUGCAGCCAAUGGCCAACAACGAGGCCUACGCGAAAGGUCUUGUGCUGUCGCCAAAGUGCAACCACUUGUACAACAUCUACCAUCCAUGCGAUCCGGUGGGCUACCGUAUGGAGCCACUCAUUGCGCCGGAAUUUGCUCGGUACAAGGCCGAACCGAUUCGCUCGGCCUUAACCCCAGGUGUGCUCACGGCGCAUCUCAAGGAUGUGGUAAGCCUCGGGGAGGACUGGACCGCUAAGGUCGCGGAAAAGGCUAGUAGCGUGUGGUCUUUUGCUGCCAAGUCGUCCACCGCUGAACCGUUGAUCGACAUGUUGAACUCCAGGGAGGAAGAAAAGAAGGAGGCAAAGAAGGAGGUGAAGCGCGGAGAGGUCUCGGGAAAGGCGUUGGCUAAGAUCACCAAGUGCAAUGCCAACGGGCGCGUGGAUUACGCCUUGCCCACCGGGUUGUUUGACAUCUCGCUCGUUUCUGCCCUUGCCGCGCAUGUGACGUAUUUCGAAGAUGCGGAUGUUGCGGGCUUCAUGCUCCAGGAGUUGUUGAAGGAGAAGGAGGUUGUUGUCGAGAAAAAGGUAAGGUUGUAUUAGCUGAUAGAUUAGCUGGAGGUUGAAUGUAGAGAUUAAUGAGGUUAGGUGUAGAGUAUGACGUUUAAUGAAGAGAUUAAUGAGGUUAAAGGCUGAAGUUAGGGAUUGAAGUUAAGGGCUGGGGUUUAUAAAGUGGAAGGUACAAGUGUAUAAGGGUGCAAAGUCCAGUCGAAAGUAUGGAUACCCCAUGGUUAAUCGCAGAUAUGACUUAGCCUCGAGCAAUAACUCUACCGAGAAC